UUCCUAUAACCUACCUACAGCCUGGUACUGAGGCCUUAAAUGGCCCUCGCGCCUCACUUUGAACACCACAUCAAUUCUAGUAAAUUUGUAAUUUUUGUUUGUUUACAAAAACAUCAGUCACUCAAGGAAAAUAUUAUUCAAAUAAAAACAAAUCUUUACUCAGUGGAUAUAAAUAAACAAGCAUUCCUCUUGUCUCCUAGCAACUGACAAAUUUCUCUUUCCACCGAAUAAAAGACUCCCUGUACUUUAUCCGAUUAGAGAAAAGUUAAACUACGUGACGAUGAAGAAAGGAAAACCUAAAACAACGGAGACGAAGCAGACGCCUGGAGCGAUGGAUGCUAAAGAGAAGUCGGUGUAUCUGAGUCAGAUUCAGGAUCUGAGCGCUCGUUUGGAGAGCCUUCAGCGCAGCUGCGACAAACUGAAGCAACAGAACCACAACGAGGUCAAACAGAAGGAGCACCUGAGCAGCACCCUGGAGAUCCUGCAGCAUUCAUCAGCUGAAUUAGAUAAGGAGGAGGAGGAAGUGAUGGAGGGGCUGAAGAAGGUGAGGAAACUAAGGCCAGAAGAUCCAGAGCUGCAGAAGAAAGCAGAAGAACUCCGCUCAGAGGUGUCGGAGAAAGCUACCAAGUUAGUAGAUCUCCAGAAGAUAGCCGAGGCCCUCCGACUCCUCCAGGUGACUUCCUCUUCUGAAGCUGCAGCGAAGCCUCGGUUGGAUUCAGAGCUUCUAGAGCAAUGCUGGAUGUCUCAGAUGGAGGAGGAUAUGCAGGACAGAAAACAGGAGAUGGAAAUUAAGCAGAAUGUCUUUGGAUAUAAAUAUAAGCUACAGCGAUGUCUGCAGGAGCUUGAGUUGGCUAAAUCCUCUAGAACAUCUGCAGAAAAACAGAGAGAUCAAGCACUUGACACCAUAAAAGAAAUGAAGCUGAAGUCAGACAGCGUUCUGAGGAACAUCUCCAGCAAGCAGCAGUUACUGAAGAAGAGAACACGGUGCGAGCUGUGGAGCAAUGAGGUGAAGAGGCUGGAAAGUUCCCAUCAGAACCAGCUGGACCAGAACCAGGCUGACAGGCAGCGUCUGGCUGCGCUGAGGGACGAGUGUCUCCAGGAACCGUCUCUGAUCGCCCAGCUGAAGGUUCAGCUGCAGGGAGAGAGAGAGAGAAGAAGAUGAAGGCUGAGCGAGAAAUCCAGUUUUCCGUUUCUGUUCUCACCCCCGUCAUGGACUCAGAGACGAUGCCAGGAGCCCAGCUGAUGAUUCAGAAGGUUCUGAGUGUUCUGGAGAAAUCGAAAUCCCGGCAAACAGGGAUUGCCCAUCGGGAGACCCCUGAAUUGAGGAGAGG